AUGGAAGCAAAAAGUAUAAUUUUGGAAGAUUUGUUGGAAUCCUCUUCAUCGUCAGACGAGGAGGACAUGUAUCCAUUAUUAUUGGAACGAAAGUACUUGCCGCGAGUUAAAAAUUUUGUUGAAAAUGUUAUUUAUCAGUAUUCCCCAAAUGAUGUGGGUAAAUACACAUAUUCCAAAACAACCUUUAGAGAGGUGGCAAAUGUGCUUGACAUAUCAUUAUCAAAUCUUCAUAAUUCUUUCCAACAAGUUUUAAAAUUUUUACUGGAUGAAAUAGCUCCUGAAGCUAUAACAUUUCCGCAAACUACAAUGGAAAAAGAAGUUAUUUCCAAUGAUUUUCAACAGAUAUCUGGUUUCCCAAAUGUUUUAGGGUGCAUAGAUGGAAGCUAUAUAUCUGUUAGAACUCCUAAACACAAAAUCCGUUCUUCAUACGCAAAUAGACAUGAUACAGUGUCAAUAACUCUGCAGGGCAUCUGUGAUUCGAAGCUGCGUUUUUUAGACGUAUAUACAGGAGUUCCAAGUAAAAUUCACGACUCAAGAAUAUUAAAACUUUCAUUUAUAGGUAAAGAAUUACAAAAUUUAUGUGCACCAAAUUACCAUUUAUUGGGAGAUUCAGCUUAUCCACUAAGGGAAUACCUUUUAACACCAUUCCGUGAUUAUGGCAAUUUGAGUGACUCUGAAAAAAACUAUAAUUUGAAAUUUUGCCAGUCACGUGUCAAAAUUGAGAAUGCGUUUGGUGUUCUUAAAAGUCGCUUUCGACAAUUGAUGCGACUUGAUUUCCAUAAUGUGGAAACAAUGGCACAAUUUGUAAUUGCAACUUGCGUCCUCCGUAACAUUUGCAUCGAAAAAAAUGAUUUGUUCAAUGAAGAAUUAACUAUCAAUGAAAUACAUAUAAAUUCCGAGCAUAACGACGAUGAUAGACGUGAUAGAUUGUUAACGCAGAUGGGACAAACGAAAAGAAAUGAAAUUAAAGCCCUUUUGUAUAAUUCAACAAGAUAA